AUGAAGGAGAGUUGUAACCACGGCUGGCUUUAUUAUUCAGACAACUGCUAUUUAGUCAGUCAGGAACAAAUGUCUUGGCAUGAAGCUAAGCUUCAGUGUGAAAGUAAUGGAGCGUUCCUGGCUGAUAUCAACUCUGCCGAGGAGAACACAUGGAUUACAGACAAAAUCAUUGAUAACCAAACCUGGUCAGAUAUUACUCACCACGUAUGGAUUGGUGCAAAUGAUAUUGGUAAAGAGGGCAUCUUCAUCUUGAGUGAGAUGAAUUCUACUCUGAAUUUCACGAAUUGGAAUCAGGAAGAACCAAAUGAUGAUUCUGGAGAAGACUGUGUGGCAAGUAUUCAAGAAAGAGGAUUGUGGAACGAUUUACCUUGUUCGUUGAAAUGCAGUUCCAUUUGCAAGAAAAUAAAUUAAUUGAAGUGUUU